CAUCUAGUCCCGCCCCGUUCUCCGCUGUCACAACAGAGAGCAGGUUCCGCCUACUGUCACUCGCACCUGACAGAGCGGGACACCGGGAGGGGGACACCGGCACCAGAUACAACCAUGGACCUUGUUCUAAAUGUCGCAGACUAUUACUGCUUAACCCCCUACGUCUACCCGGCAUCCUGGCCAGAAGAUGAGCCCAUCCGGCAGAUCAUCAGCCUCCUAAUCGUCACCAAUCUUGGCGGCUUCGUCAUCUACCUUUUGUUUGGAGCCCUCAGCUAUUAUUUUGUAUUCGACCACUCACUGAUGAAACAUCCACAGUAUCUGAAGAACCAAGUCCGACGAGAAAUCUUCUUCUCCCUGAAGUCUAUGCCUUGGAUGAGCGUCCCCACGGUCGCCCUGUUUUUUGCUGAAGUUCGGGGCUACAGUAGACUCUAUGACAACAUCAACAGUUCCCCCUAUGGCUGGUUUGGAGUGAUCCUGAGCAUGUUCUCCUUCCUGUUCUUCACUGAUAUGGCCAUCUAUUGGAUCCAUCGAUUCCUGCACCACAAGCUCAUCUAUAAGACUAUCCACAAACCCCACCACAAGUGGAAAGUGACAACACCCUUUGCCAGCCAUGCCUUCCACCCCAUUGAUGGCUUCCUGCAGAGUCUUCCGUACCACAUUUACCCUUUCAUCUUCCCUCUACACAAGGUCACCUACCUGGGUCUCUACAUCUUUGUCAACAUCUGGACCGUCUCCAUACACGACGGUGACUACCGUGUCCCCAAACUCCUGGAGAGCGUCAUCAAUGGCGCUGCCCAUCACACCGACCAUCACCUUUAUUUCGACUACAACUUCGGCCAGUAUUUCACCCUGUGGGAUAAAAUUGGAGGAUCCUACAAGAACCCCUCUGCUCUGGAAGGAAACAGUCCACAUGAUGUUUGCCGGAAACUGGAGGCCAAAGAGCGUCUAGAGAAUGGCAUGGACAAGAAGAGCAACUAAGACCCAUAAUGGAAAACAUUUAUUUACCGAUUUAGUAUGGACCACAUCGCGAUAUCAUACCAGCUCAACUAAAAUCUAUAUACAGGAUGGCAGUAAUUUAAGUGGAACUCUGGGCAGACCUGUUAGGGGUACAAAAAUAUUUAUUUUCUGUAAUGAAGGCCUUCCCUUGGCCCAGCGCUGGGUCAAGGUCCUUUAGUACCCAAGGCAAAAAGGCUUAAGUGUGCAUUCCCCCCCGCCCCCAAUGAGCUGUGAGCUACCUUUAAAAUAGAUUGCAAGUUUUGCCCCAUUUGCACCCCCUUCUUGCUGAAGCGUCCAAGGCGGCCACCUUUGCUGGCCCAUCAUCUGAGCCCAGAACGGUGAUGCUUUAAACCUUGGGCAGACCAAUGCACCAUUGUUCUCUCCCAGUUAGGGAAGAGCAUGACACAAAUCAAGUAUCCGACUUCAACCUGGACCUGGAGGGAGGGUAAUAGUAAGUUUUUAGAUUUAAAGUUAAUUUUUUUUAAUAUCUGUGGUAGAAGAGGAGCUGUAUGGGAAAGUGUGUGUGGGGGAGGGGGGUGGUGGCAUUUCUUUGUUCAGAGUUCCACUUUAAACAACAGCAUACAGGGCCAAAGAGUCCUGAUAGAAGCAUCACAGCUCAGCAGCUAAAUGCAGAGUAGAAAUAAAUAUGGGGGUUGCUUCGCUUGCCAAUAGGAUCCUUGACAUGUGAAAAUCUUCAUAAUCCAUAUUAAUCAUGUACUCUCCAGGUCCUAGGAAAACAUAUAUUUUCUUAAAUCAAUAACUGAACAGUCCUAACAGACAUGUAUAUGCAUGUUCAGCUAGAGCUCUCCAAUCAAAAAAACCCUCCCUGCUGAUUGGAGAGCUCUAGCUUUGUCAGCAUGGGGUGCGUCAGGCCUCUGCAUAGAGACCACUGCUUUCACAGAGAGAGCGUCAGGCCUCUGCAUAGAGACCACUGCUUUCACAGAGAGAGCGUCAGGCCUCUGCAUAGAGACCACUGCUUUCACAGAGAGAGCGUCAGGCCUCUGCAUAGAGACCACUGCUUUCACAGAGAGAGUGUCAGGCCUCUGCAUAUAGACCACUGCUUUCACAGAGAGAGCGUCAGGCCUCUGCAUAGAGACCACUGCUUUCACAGAGAGAGCGUCAGGCCUCUGCAUAGAGACCACUGCUUUCACAGAGAGAGCAAGUCCCACUCUUCAGCAUGCUGGCAGGGGACAGGCUUUUCUACUCGGAUUGUAGAUGCUUUCUAAAGAAAGCAAACUGUAAGACUUUGCACGCAUUUUAGUUUUGAUGGACCCGAAAGUGAUUUAAACUGAAUGCUCAUUUGGCCUUUAAAAAUCACCUGUACUGUUCCAAUAAAGCUAAUGCUGUGAAGGAGGAUGGAAGGGAAGGUAGACGGUUCGCUCUGUCAGUGAUUGAGGUUUUAGCAUUUUUGUCGUAUAAUGCAGAACCUGGCUUUAUUCAGGACAAAUCAGGUCUUCUUUUGGUGGUAAAUGUUAAUGGUUACGUCCAGAUUUUGAUUUUCAAUAUUCAAGAAAAAGUGUCCAAAAAUUGUAUUGUAAUUUUAACUGUAUAUUUGACUCGCCACCAAAAAAAUCAUUAUAAAAUAAAUUCUCCUAUUCCUGAUGUGCCUGGGAAUACCAAUUA